AAGAAUACACAAUACAUGCACUAACGCCCUCGUGGUAAAUAUUUCCAAUUUAAUUUCGUCACGUGGCUGCGUAAUGUGUAUCGUGAUGUAUUGUUAAAAUAAAUAUUAAUAUAAAAUUAAUAUUUAAUACGUAAUAAAAAUCACAAUGGAGCGAUCAGUGGAUAAAAAAUAUCGUGGAAAGGCACCAAUUAAUAAGAGACAAUCUAGAAAGAUGCCAAUUAAAAAAGAAGUAUUGGCGAAACAUUCUAGAGGUCCUGGACUUCAGUUAAGUCGAAAGAAUGCUAUAAGGAACAAUAUACUGAAAAAGAAAUUGAAGCAGAAAGAGCAUGCAAUAGAGAAACAGAUAGAAGCUUCUGCUCGAGCGGAAUUAUUAUUAACUGAAGAGCAUGGCUAUAUGGAAUCAGAAAUUGGAGAAGUCACUACUGAAUAUCGACAGAAGCAAAUAGUAGAGAAUGUGGACAUAACGAGCGCAGCCAAACAUUUCAAACUGGAUUUGCAAUUUGGUCCAUACUGCUUUAGAUAUACUAGAAAUGGCAGGCACUUACUCUUAGGUGGAAAACAAGGUCAUGUAGCUGCUUUUGACUGGGUAACGAAAAAGUUAGCCUGUGAAAUAAAUGUGAUGGAGUCUAUACAUGAUGUAACAUGGUUACAUUUGGAGACUAUGUUUGCGGUAGCACAGAAGGAUUGGGUUUACAUAUAUGACAAUCAGGGAAUAGAGUUACAUUGUUUGAAAAGAAUGAACGGCAUAACAAGAUUGGAAUUUUUACCAUAUCAUUUCUUGCUCGCCAGUGGAUCGAAAGACGGUCAUAUGGCUUGGCUGGAUAUAUCCAUAGGCAAGAUAAUUGCUCGUUAUAACUCGAAUUUGGGCAGAAUAUCUGUGAUGACGCAGAAUCCAAGUAACGCAGUGUUGUGCGUAGGAAACUCGAAAGGAGUAGUAUCUAUGUGGUCUCCAAACUCUUAUAAACCAUUGGCAAAAAUGCUGUGCCACGCUCAACCGAUUAUGACGUGCACUGUUCAUCCAUGUGGGACUUACAUGGCAACCAGUUCUAUAGAUAAAUCGGUAAAAAUAUGGGACAUUAGGCAGUUAGCAGGACCAGUAAACAACUUGCAUCUUCGUUCACCCGCUCAUCGCAUGUCUUACAGUCAGCGUGGUUUGCUUGCACUCGGAAUGGGCAACGUAGUUGAAGUUUAUAGAGAAACUUCUGGCGACUUCAAGCCAUAUUUACGACACAGAACUGCUCGCAAUGUAAAUUGCGUGAGAUUUUGUCCGUUUGAAGAUGUAUUAGGGAUUUCUACUGCGAAUGAAUUUUCGUCACUUUUGGUGCCAGGAAGUGCAGAAGCAAAUUAUGAUGCGCACGAGAUUAAUCCAUUCCAGACUAAGAGUCAAAGACGAGAGAUGGAAGUGAAGGCACUUUUGGAAAAAAUACAGCCAGAAUUUAUUACUCUUGACUCGUCCGAGAUACUCGAAGUAGAUGUACCUACGUAUAAAGAGAAAGUGGAAGCAAAGAAAAAGCUUUUGUAUAUUAAACCAAAAUCGAUAAACUUUGAACCUCGACGAACGAAAGCUAAAGGAAAAGGUGGCACUGCAAAAAUAAUAAAAACUAAAAAGAUAUUAAAAGAUUUAAAUCGCCGAGAAAUGAUUGAAACUCUUCAUAAAGAACAGAAGGAAACUGCACCAAAAAAGACUGAGAACCUGAAUAAAGAUUAUGGCGUCUUAAAUAGAUUUGUUUCGAAAAAAUAGAAUAACAUCGUACUAAAUAAGAUUUAUAAUUCUAUGUAUAUGAAAUGAUUGUAUAUACAUUUUAAUAUUUUAAUAAAAGUUAUAACAAAUGA